CAUUUGAACUCCUCGACUAAGCUGGUCAUUGGUAACUCCAAAAUGACUUUUCCACACAAAGACAACAUGGCACCCCAAACCAUUUUCUUACUGCCUUUUUCAGGACUCUUAAUUUCCCCACCUCACAGUUGGAGCACCUUUGAUGUUACCAGGAAGUUGGUUCCAGAGCUGAACAACAUACCAGCUAAAGGCUGCUUCACCAUGUUUCGUUCUGACAGUGGGCCUUUUGAUUGGUGUUCAGUGUGCAUGAUGACGGCGUGAGGGCAUCACUGCCAUGCUUCCAGGAGUGGGUGUGUUUGGGACGGGUCGGACUGUGCGGAUUCUGGUCCCAUUACUACGAGAACAGGGGUUCCCUAUACAUGCACUAUGGGGCCGCAAUGAGGAGGAGGCGGAAUCUUUUGCAAGGGAACUGGGCAUCCCCUUUUGUACCAGCCAAUCAGAUGAUGUCCUACUUCAUCCUGAUGUGCAUCUUGUAUGCAUCUACACCCCACCUCCACACACACGACAGAUUGCAGUCAAAGCUUUAGGCAUUGGGAAGAAUGUCAUCAGUGAGAUGGCGGCGUCUUGCACUGACGCUCUACAAAUGGUGGCGGCAGCAAGGUAUUACCCCCAGCUGCUGAGCAUCAUGGCGAACGCUUUGAGAUUCCUUCCAGCAUUUGUCCUCAUGAGGAGACUUAUAGAAGAAGGAUAUUGUGGUGCAUUACAGGUGUGUGAGGCACGUGUGUACGGUGGAUCUCUGCUCAGUCAGUCGUAUGGCUGGGCGUGGGAGGAGUUAAUGGGGGGUGGCGGCCUGCACAUCAUUGGCUGGUGCAUCAUUGACAUCCUAAGCCACCUGAUUGGUUCUCGCGCCCUUCGUGUGCACGGAAUACUCCGUACAUUUGGGAGGAGGGCUGGCCCCGGCAUCCGCUCCGUCACUGCCGAUGACUACGCCUGCUUCCAGAUGCUCAUGUCGGGAGGUGUGGUCUGUAGUGUGACCCUCAACUUCAACCUCCCUGGUUCCACUCACCACGAGGUCAUGGCUGUGGGCUCCACAGGUCAUCUGGUGGUCAGGGGGACAGAGCUGUGGGGUCAUCGUCACGGUGACCAAAGGGAGGAACUUCUGCUGAAUGAUAACUCUGCAGCUGGACCUGCCGUACGGGGGCUUAUCGCCAUGGUCACACAGCUGCGUCUGGCUUUCGAAGCACAGGAGGACUGCUGCUCAUGGGAACGGCCACCUGUUGCCAUGGCAGCGUCCUUUGAAGAUGGGCUGUAUGUACAUGCCGUCGUAGAGGCAGUGAAACGGGCCAGUCGAAGCGGAGAAUGGGAGGCUGUACAGCUCGCAACCAAGGAGGCGGAGUCUAACCACAACCAGCACGCAGUGUCUCACUAAAAGCUCUAUGGGAAGAUAUGAACAGAAGGCCAAAUACGUUUGGAUUCUCGCCAGUGAAGGAGCUCUUUUCACAGCUUGACAGACUUGACAAACACUAAUCUCUGAACAUUUCUGUACGUGUGUGUAUGUGUGUGUGUGUGUGUGUGUAUCCUGUGCUCUAACCUGUGAAAAAUUGAUAGGUUUUCUUUUUAAUAUGAAAUACCUAGUCAGAGUAAGUUUCUGUUUAAGGAGAUACCUUUUAAAUGUAUGUAAUGGUUAACGGGAACUGAAAUAAAACUGCAUUUUCUACUGUUUACAUGACUACAUGACUGCUACCAAGCUUGCCAGCUUUCUGUUACACAAUUUAAUUACAGAAUGUAUCACGUUCAUGCUGCCUGACUAAAUGACAGAUGUUGAAUUGUUUUAUUUCAUUCAUUCAUUCAUUCUAACUGUAGGAGAUUUUCCGAUGGGCAUUUGGGCACUUUAUCUAUCAAUCAAUCAAUCCUAUUUACUAUGGGCAUUUGGGCACUUUAUCUAUCAAUCAAUCAAUCCUAUUUACUAUGGGCAUUUGGGCACUUUAUCUAUCAAUCAAUCAAUCCUAUUUACUAUGGGCAUUUGGGCACUUUAUCUAUCAAUCAAUCAAUCAAUCCUAUUUAUUAUGGUUGUUAUGGUUGCCAUUUUCUAGUUUCCGGGGGAUUGAUAUAGAACGGUCGGCAGGGUCUCCAGAUCUACAAGAAUACCUUGCCGCCUGCCGCCUAGAUAAUUGUUUAGUGAUGCGGCUGGAUGAAACAUUGAGAUGCAUUUCUGCAAGAGAGGAUUUGAUUCUCCUACCACCUGUUGGAUGAAUAAUGAAUGUCAUCUAACAAGGCAGUGAUUCUCAAACACUGAUGACCCACUGAAAUACUAGCACACCUAAAGUAGACAGCACACUCUGCUAUUAAAAUAUGAAUCAUUCUAUGUUCAAAUUGA